AGUUCCUCUUUUCGGCGCCCCGGAUUUUUUUCAAUCAUCCAUGCACAUCUUCUAUGCUCAUUAUGAUCUUCAGCGGAACAAGUCCACCAUGGCUGAAGGCCUGGCGUCCUUUCUCUUUGCUGGUGCUUCCUGCGCCCGCGUCCUCCAGAAAUUUCAAUUGAUGAAGAUGUUGACGGUGUGGCGGCGGCCGGCGGGGGCGCAAGCGAUCACCACUUGCUUGACAUAUUAACGAUGUUGGCGGGCACACCCGCGCAGGUGUAGUGAAUUCGCCAGACUCAGAUGUGGGGAACCUGAGAAAACAUCAAUCUAAACCACCGCCUUCAUUUUAGACGACAUUCGGUUGCCGACGAACACUCUUGUUCUUCUUAUCCAGUUGUCGAUAGAUCUUUCGAAGCGCAGUCACCUGCCAAUCAUUCAUCCGUGGGCUUGGACGACCUAGACCUUACAACCCUGUGAUACGUAGAAGAACCUCCAGCAACUGCUCCUGCACGAACAAGAAGAUGCCUCGUGUAAUCCCUCCUGAUGAUUCCCUUCCAGGGUCGCCGCCCAGUGAGCGGCUGCGGCGUCCCACGACUGCACCUUCCACACGUCCCAGCAAAAAUGUCGGAGGCCCACAGACUUCUCCUGCCAGAACAGGGAUCGCGGAAGGCCGAAGGCGGGAACGGCCUGACAUACGAGCCAUGUUUCGCGAAAACCACGUUGCGGGUGGCAUGGAAAUUUACAGACCAGCGGAUCUGAUUAUUGAGUUAUGAUUUUGCAGAGACAAUGUAGCGUUACUGCUAGUGUAGCUGGGCAGAAUGAUCUUCAGCAAAGUACUACAACCAAAUGCAUGCUCAUGAUGUUGAAGGAUUCAUGAGGACCUACUUCAAGGGGCCGUCGCAGUGUACCUUUUGUUCAACCCACUCCUUCUAAUCCCAAAAGGCGCCUUCCACCCCGACGAAAUCAGACGCGUUUUCGAAGACGAAACGUCUGCCAAUCUUGUCACUGUCGAAAAAGAAAAAGCCGCAAGGCUCGAAAACGUCAAAGAGAGGGAUGGAGGCAAGAAAAUGCCGAAGAAGUUGGAUGUGGACAACCAUGAUGAAUUUAUCCGAGUCCAGGAGCAGCGGCGCAAUGCUUUGUGGCAGGAGGUGCAUACUGGAUUUUCGGAUAUGGUGAACCAAUUCGAGGAUUUCCACCAAGUCCUGAUGGGCGAUAUGGAAGGACUCGGGGACAGGCUCAGCGAUAAACAUAAACGUAAUAUAGUCUCUAGUUAUAAUCUGUUUUAGGGUUCUUCUUGUUCUCUCCCAUCUUUCAUUCUUUCGCUUUAUAUCCCCAUAGAUGCUAGUGAGUCCUCGUGCUACAACUUGUUCUUCACAUUAUAAGCACUAGCGCAUGAUAACACCAACAUGAUCUUCUUAUUAAUAUAAGAAAUUAUACACCACCAGGUAUGAUCCAAGAAAAAUUGGAUCGCGAAAACUACGUGAAGAGCUUAGAGGAACGGAUAAAAGAGCUAAUUGAGGAAAAGAAGUACUUUCAGCAGAUCAUGGAGGAGCAGUUCCGGUUGACGAAUUACUACUAUUAUGGAAAGGAAAGAGGACAGAAUUAUCAUUUGAGUUUCAGACUGAUAUUACCUAUGUAUACAGGUAAAAAAUCAGCACUUUUAAGGGCUGCUGCCUGCUUUUAAAAGAACCACAACCAAGAAAUACGUAUUCUCUAGCUACCCCUCUAACAUAUCAACAAGUUCAAAGAGCAUGAGGAGUACAAGGCUAAAUGCGUCACAUUGGAACAGGCAGUGGGUAAACUGCAGAUGAAAGGAAGACUGCUGCAAAAGGCUGUCGUCAAAUGGAAGGGAAAACACGAUGACUUGCGAAAACAUUUGGAUCGUACUUCUGCCCAUCUGAUUUGACAAUCAAUCUUCUACUUCGUUGAACUAGUUUUUUCUACUUACAAACAAGUUUUCAUCCAGUUAGCACAACGACAACUGUUACUCGUUAACCUCAAGAUCAGAUUAUCCAAUUCGACCACCACCGCCACCUCUUCUUUCAGUUACCCUCGAGAACUUCGAAGCCUAUUUCAUCAAAGAUGUCAAGAAGAUUCAGCGACAACAGAUUUUAAGUGCUUGGGAGACGGACGUGCGCAUUACUAAGAUCGUAGACGCUUUAGACGACUCGGAGAAGCGACUCGUGCAGGAGCGUGAGCACUGGAUGAAAACUGUGGCAGAUGUCAGGUUGCAAUUGCAGUUAUGAAGGGAAUCACUAGUACAAAUUUAAGCUAACCCUAAGUAACAAGGUACUUACAACAACACAAUCAUGAAUGAUCUUCUCCUGUUUCUAACUCAAGCCGAGAAAUCCGUCGUCAACCACCGCCACAAGCGCAUGCGCAUGCUCGGUGAAAAGGCUCUCUAUCGUCUUCGCGUGUUGAUCAAUCCUGGAAGCCGCCCAGACCUCGAAAAAGUCUGUUUCCGCCACUGGGCCAAGGAAGUCCUAUCGCUGAAUGGGAGAAUCCGCGACUUACGCCUAAAACAAGAAGCGGAACAAGAGAACCGUUUCCUGCAUCUCUAUGUGAAGGAAUUAGAAGCUUUCCGAGACGACUUAAAUCCAGCAAUGUGGACUCUCUAUAUGGAAGCCUAUUCCCGCUUACAAGACGAAGUGACGGAGAUGACAGUGCAAUUGCGAGAAACACGCAACAUGGCUCAUGCAGAGUUCUUGGCGCAUCGAAACAUCAGACUGGUAGACGAGCGAGAGAAAUGGCGAGGUCGAUUGCGCGAAUUAGAGUCGAGAAUGCGAGCAGCGUGGGCUAGAGACGUCAAAGAGGUGUACGAGGAAUGCUUCUAUCUGCAACAGCGGAAUGUGAAUCUGGAGAAGCUUGCGAACGAUGGAGUGGACGAACAACAUGGGAAACCGGUACUCCAUCUUCAACAUAUUAUGAUCAUAUUCUUCCUUAAUAACACUUGUGCUUGAGCAAAAAAGUUAAAUCAAAUCUGUAGCAUGCAUGCAAAUCCAAACUGGGAAAGCAGUGCAAGUUCUAUUGCGGGCCCAAAAGUAGAAGUAAGACAAAAGCGCGCGCUUUCUUUAAUGUGUACCGUAGCCAUUUUGGCUCAAGGUACCAUGUCGAGACUUGCUACGCGCAGUCCCUCUUUUUGGGUUCUCCCUUGAUGGAUGUAGACGAAGGACGUUGAAGACCUCGUUGAGUAGGUCGAAGUAACCGUUCUUGAUUCUUCUCACCUACUCUACCUCCCGCUUGCAUUCCACACAGGCCCUCUACGCCGUCGUUCCCAAGGACGUUGGCAUCCGAUGUAUCGAUUGCACGCGUAAGGUCGUAUUGCAGGAGGAGAAAAGGAAGGUGAAGUCACCACGUGCACGUAGUGCUUCUCCUGUCUGUAGUCCAGUGGCGAACAAGGGACUCAAAGAUCCCAAAUCGUUUGAGAUGAUUCCAUGGACCACUGAAGAGAGGCUAAAUCAAGCAGACCGAAAGAGGAUGAAAGAAGAACGGUUGGCGGAAGAAGAAGCUGAUCGAUUGGCGAGAAAGAGGAACAAUGAUGCACGUACAACUGCUUACUUACUUUUUAGAAGGAAACUUUCCAGCUGCACCCUUUGUUCAGUAUAACUUUGUUCUUGUGUCUCUUAUACAUGUUAACAAGGUCUAUUUUCGCCUCCCUAUCCCACCUAAUACCAACGGAAGAACCAAUUCCUUCCACAAAACAGUCGGCGGUUGGGCGCAAAUGGAGAUUUUGGACGUUCCUAGCGAGUUUCAGUGGGACCUACACGAGGACCUGGACGACAAGCCAUUUCCGUUUGAGCAUCCGUUAAAGGAGGAAAAAAAGACAAGAAGGGCAGUCAAGAAAUUAUGGCGGUGUUUUGAGAGGGGUGGAAGGCUUCUUCUACUUCUUUCACUUGUGUAAUCAGGUUCCGCUUUCUUGUCUCUAAUUGCAGCCACCGACACUGCAAAACUCUUACGAAAGGAAUUUUUAGAGCAGUUCUUCGAGCAGGAACAGAAGAGACUUCCGACUUUAGGCUGGAACGCGACAGCGGCAAGUGCCGGAGCAAGGGAGGCGGCAGAAUUCACGGCAAAUGGUGGAAGGAUGGGAUCCUCAUCUAAAGAAGCCUGGCCAGAGGAUAAAGAAGACACGUCGGGGGCAAUAACAUAAACAGUGUUGAGUAGACCCACAGCACCUAGUUGUGCUGAAAUAGAUGAUAAUGAAGUUGUAGUAUGUUGUAACACCGUGUUGAGAAUUUUUUUGUACAAGUUCCAGUAUGUUGUCAUAUACCCAUGAUGCCUAUGCAUGCAUACGUACCUACACAGCACAACCGAUGCAUGAACCAUUUCCAUCCAACCAUUCCGUACUUUUUGGUACCUUGACAAACAAAGUAGACAAUGACAAGUGGCUCGCUGCACCCCAAUUGAUUCCCCUUUUCAAUCCCAUCCCCAGUCCCUCAUAAAACAUGAACAUGCUCUUGCUCGCGCAUAACAUAACUUUCCCAUUCCCAUUUUGGUCGUGAUUACAAUUCCAUGGCUCUGCUAGAAGCAAGCUUCUUCUAUCGUCAGUGGGUGCACUGUCAAGAGAGAGGAAAUAUAAACAAAAAGACAAAAAUGAGG